AUGGUCAAGCAGAACAAGCAGGCCGACUACCGGAUGACCAAGAUGAUCAGCAACAACACCGAGAUGAACGAGACCAACAAGCAGAUGGGGUCAACGGACCCUUGGCUGAACGAGGACUUGAAGACCAAGGCGAUGCCGAGGCCGACAAAGGCCGUCUCCCUCCAGUGGUCCGUGGCCUGGAUGUUCACAUUCAAGUGGUGA